GUCCCCCUCAAAAUGAAUGCUUCAAAACGCGCGGGCGCGCGUAACACGACUAACAUAUGUGACAUUCGCCCGCAUGACGUGCGGGCGCAUAAGGCACUGCGCACGGCACACGGUGGACGGUAGCGCGUAGGUGCAGCAGCAGGUUA